AUUUAUACCUAGAUAGAUAAAUGUGGUGGCUGGCAUUAUCCCUAGUGUGGUGGUGCGGUGCGUCAGCUAUUCCCUCCCCUGGACAUACUCCCCCCGGCCCCAACGAGGAAUGGCGCUGCCCCGAGAUAUCUCGACAGCCCGUCGUGGAAUGCAGUUGCGAUAUGCCGCAUACCUUGAGGUGCACCGGAGAUAAGACAGCGAUGACAAUUAUUGGUCAAAUGCUACGCUCUAACCCCAACGCAUCCAUCUCUCUUCUGGAUUGCACCGUGCAGAAUGUUUCGGUUAUCUACGGUCCCCUUCUUCAGGGCAUCUCUCUCCACGGCUUGGUGAUCUCUUCCGGGGAAAUAGGUGAUGUAGACGCCUCGGCUUUCAAGGGGUUAGCGUCUCCACUCCAGGCACUGGGUCUGCCCAACAACCAGCUAUAUACUGUACCUAUUAAGGCGCUUGAAUCGCUGCCGGAAUUAGACAGGUUGGAUUUGUCCGGGAACAAGUUGAAAAUGUUGGAUGGGCAAUCAUUUAAAGGUUUGCGCAAUUUAUCUUUCAUCGACGUCAGCAACAACUUGAUUACGAAAAUAUCACCGAACGCUUUCGACAGUUUACCCCAACUGAAGAUCCUUCGGCUCAGAGGAAACAAGAUUACCUUGGCCGGUAUAACAAAACUAAAUUCUCAAUCAACUAUUGAAGAUUUGGAUUUGUCCGAGAACACGUUAGUUGGACCUUUAGGUCCAAAAACAUUCCCCAAAAUGGAAUCUCUGAAAGAUUUACAGUUAUCACACAAUUCACUUAGUAGCAUCAAAAUGGGAGCACUUCAAGGACUCACUAACUUAACCUCAUUAAGAUUACAACACAACCUAAUUGAUGUAAUUGAAGAUCACGCUUUUAUUCAUUUAACCGCAUUGGUGAACUUGGACUUAGCGCAUAACAGAAUUGUUGCUGUGUCUGGAGCAUCUCUGGCACAUCUUAAUCAGUUAACUGAUUUGGAUUUAAGGCACAAUUUUCUUAGAGCUUUGACAGCAGAUUUAAUUCAACCGUUGAAGUCUUUAAAGGUUCUGAAGUUGGAUGAGAAUGAUAUUUCGAUCGUGGCUAGUGAUGCCUUGAAACCAAAUUCAAUUUUUAAACAUCUGACUUUGUUGGAAAAUCCUCUUAACUGUGACUGUAGUCUUAUAGAAUUUAGUAACUGGUUAAUAAACACUACUUUACCAACAGAAGACAAAGCUACUGCAAUAUGCACCACACCCCCAUCUUUAGAGAAUGGACUCUUAAUAGAAGUACCACCAGAUGCUUUAUUGUGCGGCGAAGAUGAGCAAGAAACGAUUAUGGCACCUUUAUCCACACCUUACCGAGCCAAAGUUAGUUUACAGAACCUAAAUUACAACGGAAAAGAGAUAAAUCUUGUUUGGAACGUUGAAGAUGAAGCAACACCUUACUCUUGUGACGCUAUCUUCAUUUACGAAGAAGAAGGUCCUAACGAAAUACUCCUAGAAUCGUACCCUAUCAAAUGUAAUUCUUCCGACAUGACAGAUGCAAAAUCCCUUCAGGUAUCAGUACCGACGACUUUGCAACAAGAACAUAGAUAUCGCUACUGUGUAGCGUUGUUUGGCUCAGAAAAAUCCGACGAUGUAUCUUUAAUUCUCGGCUGUUCUGACAUGAUCCCUUUAAUCCAAAAUCCCGUAAUACACCAGGAUAGUUUUGUGUCCCCCAUGCCAAAAAUCUUAUCUUUACAAGCCAACCUGUCAAAUUACGGAAGUCUUUCAAUAGACGUCAUGAUCUAUCCACACAGCUCGAGGUGUGUACUGAACAUAGCCCUCUUAGAUCAAAAUACUUUGUUGUCUCAAAGAAAAGUUGAGUGUGUUAAUCCAAAGUAUACUUUUGAUGAGUUAAAUGCCGGACCUUACAGAGUCUGCGUUAAUAUCAUUCCAGGUGAUGCGUAUGUAGAUAUUACCAAGCCCAGAUGCGUCACGGUAUAUAAGAGAGAGUUUCAUAGAUUCACGGGUUUGGAUAUAGCUUUCGUGACGAUAUUUCUGAUCUUGUGCCUCAUGGUGAUAGCUUUAAUUUGGGGCGUAAGGAAAAUAUUGCUGAAGCCAAAACUGCAGACGCAUCAGUGUUUUUUACCACCGGAAUGUGACGAUAACGUGCAACAUAAUCGAUAUGUAAAAUUACAAGCGACGACAAAAUUGUAGAAUUGAGAUUAUUCGCUUGUGCGACGAAAUUCUUUACUGAAAGUGCCAUAGAAACUGCUUAAGGAGUACCUUGAAUCCAAAUCCGUACGAAAAAAAUGACUAUAGAGAAUAUUAAAGGAAGUUAUUUUUCUGCAAUGCUACAAAGAUCUUCAUUCAUGAACAGGAAAAUCUUUGCUUGAGAUGUUGGUAAAGUUUGUAUUUUGAAGAGGCAUGAAAGUAACUUGCUUUUAAAAGUGAUCAAUGUUCAAUAUUAAUUUUGUCUCAUCCGGUUGUACUUUUUACUCGUAGUCGUAAAACUCGACAGGCUGGUUAUGAAAGGGCUGUGAUAUAACCAGUUACAUUCAUUUGUUUUAUUUUUACGACUUCUUACAAAGUCUUAUAAACACAUUUUUGUAUGAAUUUGGAUUCAAUAUAACUACCGCCUAAAUCGGAACAAAAAGAAGUGGUUAAUAAAAGACUAUUUAAAUAAUUUUUAUAAAAUGUUUGUAGGUUUAGAUAUAUAACUGUUACUAAUUUAAAAAUAUUGUAUUAGCUUUAAUAAUUUUAAGACUUUUGUAUGUAAUCUAGAAACAGGUUGUAAAAAAUUUACGUAUACUUCGCAGGAAAAAAAUAUAAAAAAAUUGAAAUGAAUUUGAGGUCAAUGUUAGACGCUAUUGAAUGUAUUAUUGAAGUUUUGCCUAUUUGUAUUAGUCCAAUUACAGAAUUUAUUUUAUACAGGGUCGUCCAAUUUUAGAUAUAUACGUUAAUAGAAAAAAUAUGAGCUGGGAUUUGCGGAAUAUAAAAUUUAUAAUAUGAAUUAUUUUAUUUCGAAAAAAUAUUAUAAAUAAAUAUUUACAGUAGGGAUAUACUAUUUUUAUUCAGAAAUAAUUAACAGAGUUAUGAAUAGGUAACAAAAUAAAAAAUUGUAUCCAUUAUAAUUUGACAGAGUACGAUGAAAACAACAUACAUCUGAUUGAACUUAUACUUACAUUCUUUAUUUCCUGCAGUUUAUCCUAUUUAACUUGGACCACCCUGUAUAUACCAAGUGAAAAAAUUAAAAUAUUCAAACCAACUCAAGUUUAGUUACAUAUUCCCUUAUUUUUUGACAAAAUAGAAUCUCAUAAUUAUUUUAAAAAUUCGUAUUUUAUAGUACUUAAUUCUUUUCACACAAAAAUGUACCUAUUACUUGAACUCCUGGACAGGAUUAUUUACCAAGUAGUUCUAAUAGCCCUUAUGUAUAAACAUAAACAACAAUUUAUAAUUCAGUUUUAUUGAAUUACAAGAUGAGAAAAAAUUAAUCAAUGCUUUUUAAUAAUGAUGGAAUAAAAACUAUUUUAAUACAACAAUGACUGUAACAAGAUAUGCCUAGUUAGAGGCUUUAUAUUCAUAACAUUUUUACUUAAACAAUAACGACGAUAAAUACAUUUUACUGUACUUGAAUAUUUAUUAAUGAUAAAGUGUUCAAGAAACUUGAAUAUUUUAAAAGAAAAUAUUUUAGGUCAACCUGUAAAUGUAGACAUGCAAAAUCCACCAAUAAUGUACAUAUACAACAAUUAUUGUUAUAUACUCUAAAAACACCCUUAAUAACUAUUAUUAUGUCUAGUUUUGGUAUUUUCAUCCCUUCGAGAAUCCAAAUUUAUUACUUAUGGUGCUAUAUUUUUUCUUUAAAGUUAGUUGGUGAUAAUUUAGUUGUUUUUUUUUAUUUUUGUAUAUAAAAACAAUCUCUGCAGAAAUGUUUAAAAAAUAUUUUAUAGCUAUUCUGCUCUUUAAGAAAUUAACACAGAACUGAUUAACUUUAGUUUGUAUAUUGUAGAUACGAUCGAGUUCUUCACUAAUGCUUGUUUUUUUUUAUUAUUUUGUUAAAAUUUGUUGUUAGAUUUAUGUAUAUCGCCUUGUAAAAUAAAGAGAUAAUUCUUGCCAACUGUUGUUUUACUUUUUUGUAGAUAAUGUAUGGUAAAAAACAGGAAAAUGUUUAUACCCAUAGAGGUAUCAAUAUUGUGCAAAUUUUUAAAUGCUGAUGUUUCACAAGCCUUAAGCCCCAUCUACACAUGACGUUUUACCUGUCAAUUUAAUCUGUUCAGUCAAAAAGUUUCAAGUAAAAUAUUGUGUGUGGACUUCAAGGAUAAGUAAACUCGCUUCAUUUUUGUUGAAGACACGUCAGCGACAUUCGACUAUCUGAUUAUCUUUGUCUUUGACUUUGACU